AUGCAGACAGAGUAUUCGGCUGACGAUGUCGCACUAGCGAAGAGCCUACGGACUUACACAGCCUAUGAUUAUGUUUGUUCACUUGACGAAGAGGUAUUGCAUUCGUUCAUUGUUCAUGAUACGCCUCUUGAUGAUGAUAUGUGGUUCAAAGUGGACCUUCCUGCUCAAAUCGCGCUGGUCCAAGUGAGCUUCACCCCGACCGAGAGCUCCACUAAAUGCCAGACCCUGGUCAAUCUUGAAAUAUCUCUCGGUUUAAUAUCAGUCACUUUCUCUGAAGCCUUUUUCGUCCUCAGAACAUAUGUGCUCUGGAACAACAAUAAAUUUGUGCUCGCAGUCAUGCUAACUGGCUUUUUUAAUUGGCGGACAACCAACGGCCUUCUGUACGCCAUCCUGGUAAAGCAUAAUAUAUUCUACUAUGCAUGCGGCAUGUUUUUCUCGGCCGUGAACGUCCUUGCGUUGCUGCUCCUCGAUUACCAGUACCAUGCCAUGUUCCAAGAACUCCAGUUUAUCGUCCUCGCGAUCCUUGCCUUGCGCCUCCACCUCCACCUCUGGAAUGCAGACAGGCACCCACAUGCUUCUUCCGCCCUCGUGUCAAGUUUGGGGUUGUUGGAGUUUGAACUUUGCCAGGUUUGCGGUAUUUACAUCAUAUGCGGAUACACUAAUAACAGUACUAGUACUUACCAAGGGCCCGAAGAACUGUUUGUCCGCCACCACUGGUCAGAAGUCGAGGAGUCUGCCAUUAAGUCUGCACAGACCUCACACAGACCGCUAGCCAACAUAGUCUCAAAUACAUACUGUAGAGAUACGACACUAGGGUCAUUCGAAGCUGUGACACCAAGUGUGACUGUGUCACGUGCUGCACGUGACGAAGCUAGUGUCGUAUCUCUACAGUAUCAUAGUCAGACUCAGUUUACUGGGGUGGCGCCACCUUCUGGCCCAUCUGCCAGCUAG